AAAUAAUGCGUAAAUCUGGCUUCCUUCACUCACUAUAUCGAAAGUAGGUAGGCAGUUAUAGUAUAUCGAUCGAUCGAACGGAUGGAGUAGCACAUACCUACCUACCUAUUCCACGAACUCGAAUUCGUCGAAAAAGCAACAACAACACAGCAAUCACAACCCCCAAGAGGCCAUCUUCACAAUGGCCUCACCCACACCCACACCCACGUCCACAACCCCCUCCUUCGAUCCCCGCCUCCAAACCUUCACCAUCCUCAACGCCCUCGCCUCGCCCACGGCCCUCUCCCUCCCCACCCUCGACGCGCAGCGCGUCCGCCUCGCCAACACAUCCAUAAACUACGGCGCGCAGCUCGGCCUCGUGCUCUCCUCCCUCCUCUCCACCCUCCUCCUGCUGCCCUCCCGCCGCCUGCGCCGGCCCGUCCACCUCGCCCAGGCCCUGUGCCUCUGCGUCUCCGCCGCGCGCCUCGCCCUGCUGGUCCUGUACUUCCCGGGCCCCCUCACGGAGUACUACGUCGCCUGGACGCGGGACGCGUCCGUGCUCAGCGCCGCCGCCGACUACGGCCUCACCACCGCCGCCGCGGCCCUGAGCGUGCUGCAGCUCGCGCUCGUCGAGGCCGCGCUGGCGCUGCAGAGCCGGGUCUUGGUCAGGACUUGGGGCGCGUUCGGGUCUAAUGCCCCCAUCACCACCACCGCUGGCACAAAAAUAGGAGGAGGAGGAAGAUGGAGAAGGUGGACCCGCAACUCCUGGUGGUGGUGGUGGCAGCCGCCCGUGCUCGUCUUCGCCGUCGUCCUCGCCGUCGCCACGGUCGCCAUGCGCGCCGUGUGGGUCGCGCGGUACACGCAGGCGCUGCGCGGGCACACGCUGCCGGUCCCCCUGGACGCGACGGGGCAGGCCUCCGUGAUUCUUGGUGCCGCGUCCGUGUUCUAUUUCUGCGGCUUGUUUUUCGCGCACCUGGCCAUCCAUCUGGCUGCCACCAGACGGGUGUUGAGGGGAGGUAGAGGGGGGGAAGGGGGGCGGAAGUUCUCGGUUGCGCUGACGUUGAAGGAGGGCGUGGAUGGGAGAGGUGGUGGUGGUGGGAGGAAGAGGGGGGGACUUACUUCGUUGGAGAUAUUGGCGGUUGGGAAUGGGAUUCUGAUGUUGGCGCCUUGCCUCUUUGCCGGUCUCGACGUAGCCGCCGGACCAGGCAACACCCGCGUGCUCCCUUUCGAUGCUGGGUCCUGGGUGCAGACCCUCGUCGCCGCCGGCCUCCCACUCAUCAGCAUCGCCGCCUUCUACCGGGGCUCCGACUCGGCCGACUCGCGGCUGAACUCUCGCCUGGGGCGUUUCGCUACUUCUCGGCCACCCGUGGAACGUCGGAGGACAAGGAACCGGAAUUUCCACCACCAGCGCCGCUCUUCCGAGCCGUUUUCAUUUCACCAGGGGGAGAUAGAGCGGGAUUUGUUCAAGGGGGUUGAGCUGGUCGAUCGGGUUGAUCAGAUAGACAUGAGGCACUUGGAGGAUAUAGAGGCGACGGCGGGUACGACGACAGGCGUGGACCAUGGGCAUGGGGUAAAUCGUGAUUCUGAAGAGGGAAAGGGAAACAGCUUUCGGAUACCUAGGGAAUUUACUGUAACGAUAGAUGCUGAGACGAGUAGAAGCGAACAAUGAUACAUCGAUCACCUACCUAGCUACAUUUAAUGUAGCAUACUUGUACUAGUAGUAGCUUAUGUAGAACAGACUGAUAUUUUUAUAUCAACGAAACAAAUCAUGUCACGUUAUCAGAUCAACAAAGUGUCUUCACAAAUCGUAAAUUUUGGACU